AUGGGCUUCAAGAUGCUCCUUCAUUCUUUGCUUCUGGCCGUCUACGGCUUCACUUCCGUCUUUGCUGCUUUCGGUUAUACGAAAUCAGGAGACAACUAUGUUAUCGAUGCCGGCUCGUCCAAUGCUCUCGUCUUCCAAGUCUCGGCGACGAGCUGUGAUAUCAACUCGAUCCUUUACCGAGGAACACAACUGCAGUAUUCUGGAAAGGGGUCCCACAUCAGCUCGGGUCUGGGAACCGCGACAGUGUCCGUCAGCCAGGUCACCGUCUCUGGUACUAGCUAUAUCAAGGUCACAUGUGUCACCUCCACCUUGACACACUACCUGGUGGUCAAAAAUGCCGAGAGCAACAUUUACAUGGCCACAUAUAUCACUGCUGAGCCAGAUAUUGGAGAGCUCCGUUUUAUCGCGCGUCUGCUGCCGGCCACCCUGCCAAGCGAGUACCCCUAUGGCGUAGUCUCCACCACCGCUGGCGGUACUGCCAUUGAGGGUUCCGAUGUGUACACUGUUAGUGGUCAGACUCGGUCCAAGUUCUACUCGUCUACCCGCUUCAUCGACGAGAACGUGCACUGUGUCAACAGCGACACCAUCCAUGCCUGCAUUUUGACUCCUCAACAAGAGAGCAGCUCUGGCGGCCCAUUUUUCAGGGAUAUCGACUCCAACAACGCUGGCGAUUCGACGAAUCUUUACAACUACAUGAACUCGGGCCAUGUCCAGACUGAGUCUUUCCGCACGGGACUUCACGGUCCAUACGUGAUGACAUUCUCGAGGGACGGCAUCCCAACUCUCAAGAGCAUCGACACUUCGUUCUUCGAAGGACUCAGCAUCUCGGGCUACGUCGCCGCAUCAGGACGUGGAACCGUGACCGGCACCGCCUCUGGCGUCAGCUCAUCCUUCACUCCCGUCGUGCACUGGUACAACUCGGCAGCACAGUACUGGACCACCGCAAGCUCGAGCGGCUCCUUCACCUCGCCCGCGAUGAAGCCCGGCACCUACACCAUGGUGCUGUACCAGACCGAGUACAAGGUCGCGACCUCUUCCGUGACAGUCAGCGCCGGCAAGGCGACCACGGCCAACAUCGCAAGCACGCUCACGAGCCACACCAGCCUCUUCAAGAUCGGCGAGUACGACGGCCAGCCUACCGGCUUCCGCAACGCCGACAAGUUCCUGCGCAUGCACCCCUCGGACUCACGCAUGUCGUCCUGGGGCCCGCUGACCUACACCGUCGGCUCCUCCGCCCUGACCGACUUCCCCAUGGCGCUCUUCAAGGGUGUUAACGACCCCGUCACAAUCAAGUUCACCCUGUCCAGCGCGCCUAGCGGUACCGCCACCCUGAGGAUCGCCACCACCCUCUCCUUCGCCGGCGCCCGGCCCCAGGCCAAGAUCAACAGCUACACCGGCGCCGCCCCCGCGGCCCCUACCAAGAUCGACUCGAGGGGUGUGACGCGCGGCGCCUACAGGGGCUUCGGCGAGGUGUACGAUGUCUCUAUCCCCGCUGGCACCCUGGUCAGCGGCAGCAACACCAUCACCAUCUCGGCCAUCUCGGGAAGCAGUGGGGACGCGUACCUGGCCCCGAACUUCAUCUUCGAUGCCGUGGAGCUCUUCCAAUAG